GUCAAAGUCAAACACCAUACGACACGCACGACACUUUCUAGCUUGUAAUGAGACAAUUGUAGUGUAUUUUGCGUAAUAAAAUAAAAAUGUUGGAUUUAUUCAGUAUCUUUAGUAAAGGCGGUAUAGUUCUAUGGUGUUUUCAAAGUACCAGCGAAAUUUUUUCGCCAUCUGUGAACGCUCUUAUUCGUAGUGUUAUCCUACAGGAGCGAACAGGGAAUAACACAUUCAAUCAUAAUGCUUUAACUCUUCAAUAUAAGCUCGAUAAUGAAUUUGAGCUAGUUUUUGUUGUUGCUUAUCAAAAAAUUCUGCAGUUGUCCUAUGUGGACAAAUUCCUAAAUGAUGUUCAGUUGGAGUUUAGAGAUAAAUACAAAAAUGAUUUGCAAAGCAGCAGCCACAUCAUGGACUUUGAUUUCCGAUCAACAUUUGAAAAAGUUCUUAAGGAUUGUGAAGUAUGGGCUAAGUCUCAAGCAAAGCUACCCAAGCAAAUGAGAUCUUUUGAAGAUUCUCAAAAGUCCAAAAAGACUGUUGCUUCUAUGAUUGAACGUAGAGGUGAAGAAAAGAGUAAAAAAUCUGUUAAAAUAGCAGAGAAUAAAAAUAUAACUAAUGGUAAAGUGGAGGAAGUACCUGAAAUUGAAGACACUGUGAUUGCUGCAAGUAGAGCUAAACUGGCACAAAAGCUGGCAGCCAAGACCAAGAAGGAUGUUAAGAAGUCCCCUAAGAGUCCUAAGAAUGAAGAACGCGUGAAGCAGCCUCGCGUGUGGGCGCUAGGAGGGGGCUCACGAGACCUUCCCUCCCUCGACUUCAGCACCGACAAGCCUGAGGAUGCCGAGGAAAACAUUAACGCUGACACACAGUUGAUUGGUAAAAUGACCGGGGCCAUCCGUGAUCUGGAAGUGGAGUCCGAUGAGAGCAGCAGUGAGGAUGAGGAGGAUUCUCCCUCCCAGCCCAGCCCCAAGAAGUCCGGUGGAAUGUUCAGCAUUUUCAAGGGUCUGGUCGGAUCGAAGGCCCUCUCUGAAGAGAGCAUGCGCCCCGUACUGGACAAGAUGCGCGACCAUCUUAUCGGCAAGAAUGUGGCCGCCGAUAUCGCCAACAAACUGUGCGAUUCCGUCGCUGCCAAGCUUGAGGGGAAGGUAUUGGGUACAUUCGACAGUGUAGCCCGCACGGUGAAGGCGACGCUAACGGAAUCUUUAGUCGCCAUUUUGUCGCCUAAACGUCGCCUCGAUAUACUGCGAGACUGUAUUCACGCUAAACAGCAGGGGAGACCUUAUGUCAUGGCUUUCUGUGGGGUGAACGGCGUGGGUAAAUCCACUAACCUCGCCAAGAUCUGUUUCUGGUUGAUCGAGAACGAUAUGUCGGUAUUAAUCGCCGCGUGCGACACCUUCCGAGCCGGCGCCGUCGAACAGUUGAGGACACAUUGUCGCCAUCUUAAUGCGUUGCAUCCGCCCAAUAAGCACGGGGGGAGGAAUAUGGUGCAACUGUACGAGAAGGGAUAUGGCAAAGACGCAGCGGGCAUAGCGAUGGAAGCGAUCCGUUUCGCGUCCGACUCCAAGACGGAUGUGGUGCUUAUCGACACUGCUGGACGGAUGCAGGAUAACGAACCGCUGAUGAGGGCGCUCGCUAAACUAAUUAAGGUUAACGAACCCGACAUGGUUCUAUUCGUUGGCGAGGCAUUAGUAGGCAACGAGGCGGUCGACCAACUGGUGAAAUUCAACCAGGCUUUAGCCGACCAUAGUGCAUCCUCCAACCCCCGCGUCAUAGACGGCAUAGUGCUCACCAAGUUCGACACCAUAGACGACAAAGUGGGCGCAGCUAUAUCUAUGACCUACAUCACCGGACAGCCCAUAGUUUUCGUCGGCACCGGCCAGACUUAUACCGAUCUUAAAGCAUUGAAUGUCAACGCGGUGGUGCACGCACUCAUGAAAUAAAAUGCUCUUUUCUCAUUGCGAAAAAAAAUAUAUCCCCGUAAUAUUGUUUUGUGUGUAACGAUUCUUGAUUUAUGAUUCCGACUUACCGAUAAAGAUAAAUUGUACUAUGUGUGCCAAUAACCCAUCGAUUCUACAAUAUAAGUUUAGUGUCACAAUUAGCAAAGUCAUCGGAAUGUACGUUUAACUUGACAAAGUCAUCAAAACAUCAUGUCGCAUAUAACAAAGUCAUUUAAAUAUCAUGCCACACUUAACAAAGUCAUCUAAACAACACACCACACUUAAAAAAAGUCA